GCCCCUCCCGCGCCGCUAAGGGAGCGAGCGGCCGGCCCGGCCCGCACCGGCACCGGCCCCCAGCCCAGCCCCUCGCGGCCCCUGAGGAUGCCGGGGGUGCGGGCGGCGGAGCAGCAGCAGCAGCAGCAGCGCCCGGAGGUGUGGCGGCCGCCGCCGCCCCAGUGACGGCCCCGCCAUGUCGGUGAUGGUGGCGAGGAAGAAGGUGGUUCGGAAAUGGGAGAAGCUGCCGGGCAGGAACACCUUCUGCUGCGACGGCCGCAUCAUGAUGGCCCGGCAGAAGGGCAUCUUCUACCUGACCCUCUUCCUCAUCCUCGGCACCUGCGCUCUCUUCUUCGCCUUCGAGUGCCGGUACCUGGCUGUCCAGCUCUCCCCGGCCAUCCCCGUGUUUGCAGCAGUGCUCUUCCUCUUCUCCAUGGCGACGCUCCUGAGGACCAGCUUCAGUGACCCCGGGGUGAUCCCCAGGGCCCUGCCUGACGAGGCAGCCUUCAUCGAGAUGGAGAUCGAGGCCACCAACGGGGCCGUGCCGCAGGGUCAGCGCCCGCCCCCGCGGAUCAAAAACUUCCAGAUCAACAACCAGAUCGUGAAGCUGAAGUACUGCUACACCUGCAAGAUCUUCCGCCCACCCCGUGCCUCCCACUGCAGCAUCUGUGACAACUGUGUGGAGCGCUUCGACCAUCACUGUCCCUGGGUGGGCAACUGCGUGGGGAAGAGGAACUACCGCUACUUCUACCUCUUCAUCCUCUCGCUCUCACUCCUCACCAUCUACAUCUUCACCUUCAACAUAGUCUACGUAGCACUGAAAUCUCUGAAGAUUGGGUUUCUGAACACAUUGAAGGAAACCCCAGGGACUGUACUGGAGGUGCUCAUCUGUUUCUUCACCCUGUGGUCAGUGGUGGGGUUAACUGGGUUCCACACCUUCCUGGUGGCACUGAAUCAGACAACCAACGAAGACAUCAAGGGGUCCUGGACUGGGAAGAACCGCGUGCAGAAUCCCUACAGCCAUGGCAACAUAGUGAAGAACUGCUGCGAGGUGCUCUGUGGGCCCCUGCCCCCCAGUGUCUUGGACAGGCGGGGCAUCCUGCAGCAGGAGGAGAGCACAGCUCAGGAGGAGUCGUGCCCCAGGGGUCCCAGCGCAGCGCCAGCGGGGCAGUCAGAGGGGAGCAGUGCCCAGCAGAAGGAGGGCAGCCUUCCUCCCCCCAGUGCUAUCCCUGCACCAUCCCUGGGCACGGCUGAGAUGCCAGAGGAGAAGCAGCUGCCUUCUGGGGAGCUCCCGGUGCCAUCCCAGGACGCUGGGCAAGCAGAGCACUAGCCCUCUGCUUGGAAUGGAGAACUUUUCUUCUUUUGUCUAAUCAAAGCUGGAAGUGAUUGAGGAGAGGAGGAGCUGGGCUGGAUGGCAGGCAGAGGAUUCCUCAUGGCCAUUUUGCUUUAGUCAUUACUCACCUGGCAGUGUGGGCGGUGUGGGCUGGCGCUGCCUCACUUGGUCUCCAGGGAUCAGCAGCGCCAGUGCCACCUCCUUGGCCACACCGGGGCCGGUCUGCCCGCGGGUCGGGGCAGGACCCCUGGCUCCGCAGGUUUGUCCUGGGUGCUGAGCACCAGCUGGGUGGCCGGGGCUGUCCCUGUGCCCGGCCCCGAGUCUCCCAGGAGAUGAUUUGUGGUCCAGCAGUGUCUCGGAAGCACCGUUCGGGUCCCCCUCACUGAGGAAUCCCGGUGGGAAGUGGGGAAGCGUGUGUGGCAGUGGCGUCCUCUCCCCCCUCCUCCCUCUCGUGUGUGGCAUUGUUUUAUUGGUUAACGUGGCAGGGCUCGGCAGGAGACAUUUUGGUGCCAAAAGCGGCCCAAACAGUCAGGAAGGUGUUGUGUUGACAGCAGUGUUUGAAGUGGCUUCCUUCCCACCCCCUUGUUUCCCCGACGCCAGCGUGGUGGUGAUGGUUGCCUCGAUCCCCCCCUGGGCUGCCCACAGAGCUGUUGUGCAGGGGGUGUCUGGAGCCGAUGGGGAGGGUCUGCCCGUGCUGCUGGCCCUCUGGCUAGUGCCGGGGCUGUGUUUGCCCCCCGGUGCUUCCCAAGCACUGUCCUGCCCUCCCCUUCCUCGGCAGGCUCCGGCACGCCGCUCAGCCACUGCUCUGCAGAACCUCAGCCCUGAGUCUCUGUCCCUUUGUCCCCCUGCCCCCCCUGGCACUCGUGUCCCUCCCCGGAGAGUGAGUGGCAGGCGGGGGGUGUCCUGCCAGGGUGGUCCUGCAGGGUUCAGCGGGAUGCUCCUGCCUGGCAGUGGUAUGGACGUGGCCACCCUCUCCCAGGUCCUC